GCCGCAAAAUAUUCAUACAACGAAAUGUAUUACUAUAUAUACGUAAAUCAAUAACGUACAUUGUUAUUUAGUUUACUGUAUACAUUGUAAGAGUGUACGCCGUUUGCGACAGUCUUCAUUUUUCGUUUAAAUUCGUCGUCCGCAGUCGAACGCUCGACGACAAUAUUUUAUGAAAUAUAACUGUACCGACACUAUCUACUCGUCCGCAUUUUUAACGUUGUUUUUAUUAUCGUUUUUACUGCGACGCCGUUCGCCGUCGUUUACGGUGGCGAGUUAAUACAACACCGACUAACGGUUUGCUCUACACACCUUUUGUAACGAUGCUUCAUUUCCUUUACAUGCUGUUUCGCGACGAAGCACUCUCCCAGCUGGUCAUCCUAUGUCUGAUUGCGAUGCUCUCGUUUUGCAUCAAUUUUAUUGUAACCGACCGUGCUAUGAACUUCAUAAUGUCGGUGACUAGAGCGGAAAGAAACAUCAUCAACUAUUGAACGCGUCAUGGAUCCGACAACAUCGACGCGCUCCGAGGAUUCGGCUGUUUGGACUCUAUCAAAGUAAAGCGAACGUCGUGCGCAGGAAUCACAUAUUAUACAUAUACAUAGGUAGUGCGUAUAUCCAUUGCCGGCCGUCAACCGAUAAACGUCACUUCCGAGUUACUACAAGCAACCGCCACCCUGCCGAAGGUGAUAAAUCAAUCGCCGGUCGGUCGAGGGUCGUGAGAAAACUCCGCAAACAGCACCGACGUUGCCACUGUUAUAUGCAUAUUUCAAGUCGGCGUUUCGUAAAAAUCGUCGUUUUUCCGGCAACGCCCAACGCGCUGUGGGUUGACCGCAUUUCGACGACGCUAGCGGAGCCGCUGGUAGUGCAAAGCUGUACCUCACAGCAGCCGCAGUAUGAUUCGUACGCACUGCGCAUGAGUGUUGGCUAUUUAUUUUUUCCAAGGGAGAGACUGAGAGAGAUGUGAGUAGACUGCGAGAUAAAGUGAACGUGUGUGUGAAAGAGAAAGAGAUAAAGCGGGUUACCGUGCGUAAUACGCGAGCAGCUCGAUCUGGCGCGGUCCGUCAUUCUUUUUAUCGAUUCAUUCGGUUCACCGGCACACAAUCGAGUACCUAGUCGACUAGAAGGCGUAUCGACGUAACAAUGGGUGCUACUAUGAGCAGAAGGCAUAGGCCUGAGACGUUUUGGCGUCAGAGUCUAAACCCCGACGAUAAUUUGAUUCAUCCCAAAAACUGGAAGGCGAACGACCCAUUAUACAGGUACCUGGAGCUCAAGAGAGAGAAACUGGAGGACAGAGAUCUGGGAACCAUCAUGAGGAUGGUAGUCAUGUAUUGUCCUUGCCAGGCUUCAAGGUGUAAGUGUAAAGCGGGGAAUUUUAUGGGAGAUAAGCAUAAUACUGAAGGAUGGACACAUAGCAAUUGCAUCAGGUCUGGUUGUAAUCAUUUAUUGUCUGAUCAUACCCUACAUUUGACAUCUGCUUCCAGAACUAAGUUUAUGGCAUUAGUAAAACUAGUAUUUGAUAUCAAUAAUAUAAAAGCAUCAUUAGAAAUUGCAUAUAAAAAGCCCAAAUCGCAGAGAAAUAUUGUGAUUGAGGAAGUUUAUAAUUCAGUUUAUAAAGUUUUAUGCAAAAGUGUCCGUGGUGAUCCAUUUAAAGCACCUAAUUUUGAUAAAAUUUAUGGGAGUCCACCUUAUGAAAAAAUCCACAUAGAGCAAAUUUUGAUAAACUUUUGUAUGCGUUUCUUUGGAAGUAAUAAAGCGGUCUUGACUUUCAAGCAAGCACUUAAGGUCACCGAAUUUUUACUUCGUCUCUUUAAUUCAUGGAUGUGGACUAUUCCAGACAAAAAAUCAUAUUUUUAUUCUGAACUAUUCUCAAAACCUUAUAGCUACUAUUAUUGUAGAUAUAUGACCUUUCUGAAGACAGAAUAUGAAAACCAUUGUUCACCAAUUUGGACACAGGAUCGUUGUUUGGUAGAUGUAAUUAGAGUAUCUGAGUUAUCUGAAUAG